GAGGAAGUGUGCUGCUGCGUGUGAGGCUCAGCUCAACUGAACAGCACUCAGAGGGAGCUGCAGGUGCUCGUUUGCCAGGUAACCCAGGUGACAAAGGAGCAUCAGAGGACCUGCAGGGUUGAGAGGGAGUGAAAGAGGAGGAAGAGCUGCAGCCACAGAGAAAGGCCUCCCUUGCUGGAUACGUGUGAUUCUGAACCUUCCCCCUGGAUUUGAUCUCUUCAUGAUGCCCAGUUUGAGCAGGACUUCCUUGGUUACCUGACGUUCUGUCGUGGCUCCACUGCUAUGACCUACCUGGCUCACACUGGCCAUGCCCAGCUCGGCGCCCUCGGGCUGAGCUGCGUCGGCUGGACGCUCACCGCCGUGGCGCUUGGACUCAUCCAGUGGAGGGUUUGGCUGGUUUCUGACAGGGAGGUCAUCACCUCCGGAGUGGCCUGGGUGGGCAUCUGGCGGGCCUGCUUCAACAGCCACACCCAUGUGACCCCUGGCUUUAGGAUCAUGCACUGCAGGUACAUCAGUCUGACUGAGGCCUUCACGCCGCCGGAGAUCGUGGCGGGUCAGGUUCUCAUGCUCCUGUCUCUGCUGGUGGGGCUUAGUGGGAACGCUUGCGGUGUUUACGCCUUGAGGAACGUUUAUUUUGGGAUGGAGAAGAGCUCCCCAAUCCGCUCGGCGUUCUUCACCACCGGCGCUCUGUGCCUGUCGGCGGCCGUGAUGUCCAUCAUACCUCUCCUGUGGAACCUGAGCUCAGUAGUGACCAAUCAGACCAUCACGUUCCCCCCUGAGUUUAAAAUGCCCCAGGCUCCAGAUUCUCAACAUGUGGGGUGCGGCAUCUGGGUCGGGAUGGUGGGGACAGUCCUCAUGGUUGUCUCUGGGAUUAUUUUCUGUACGUACAGGUUACCAGUGAGGUCGCGGCACCUGGACUCGUCAUUACCUGCACAAUCAGUGACUGACAGCAGGGGGGCCGGCGGGGAAGACAACCCGGCGUUUGAGUCUCACGAACACUUGUGAUCCGUCUGUUUGGAUGUUUAAACCUCAUGAACUCACAGAGGAAACUAAUCCCAAUGACGACUUCAAAAUACUCUCAUUUGCAAAAUGAGAUUGAACUGAAGAAAGAAAAGUAAAUCAGCUUCUGGUUUCCAACAUGCAUUACACCUGAUUUUAUUUAUUCAGCUCAUUAAUUGUUUACAGUGAUUCGUCUAAUGUUGUACUCUGGAGGAGGAUGAGUUGAAUGACAGUAAACACACUUAAUCAGAUGACAUUAAAAUGUACAAGUUGCUCACUAUUUGUUUUUGCUUGUUUGUUUCGGUAUGAUGUGGAUCUAUAGAACAAUAUACAUCGCUCUCACAAAAUGCUAAUUUAAUCUUUCUCAGCGUAAAGCUGCAGUGCUGUUAUUUUAAAUGCUAAUAUGUUAAGAACAGUAUAGCUGAGAUACAUGACAUGAAUAAAUGUAAAAAUGUGUUUAUAUGGCUGUUGAUCUAAGUAAUUCAAUAUAUAUAUUUAUGGUAAUAGAAUACCAGCUGUUUUAACUGAUAUAAAAAGAGAUUAACUGAUUAACUUGGGGCAGGUUGCAUUAACCUCACCAUACUGACUGAACUCAUACUGAAACUGAAGUAUGAGUUGCUUCCUGAUUUCAAGUAAAUGAAAGCAUAAUGUAUGUGGGCACAAACUGCACCGUUUAAUUGAAUUAACUAGAAUCUGAAGCUGUUGGAUUCGGACACUUUUACAUUCCUUCAAUGAGUACUAAGAAUAAAAGCACUCAGCAGUAUUUUCUUAAAUAUUUUAUUCAAAAAAAGCAACAAACUCAUCUCCAGAAUUUCAAACCAUCUGUAUCAAUGCUCCUCUGACGAUGAACAGUCCCUUCGCCUCACUGGGAUCA